UUAUUCACCACUAUCAGUGUGAAGUUGUCUCUUGACGCCUUUCCCUCGAGAUUGCCUGUGCUCUGUGAAAAUUUGUGAUUUUUUCUGUGAAAUACCUAAAUUUCCAACUUCAAUUCUAUCUCAAGUGAGAGUUUGUGGAUCUGUGGAUAAUCUGUGCAAGAAAUAGAGGCAAAAGGCUAAAGAAUGAGUCAAGCCACAUCGAAGCAAACAGGAAGAAGGACACCGCAGUCAAAGCCAAAGCAGAUGGGCAGUGUAAUUGAUGGCUCAAUGGUUGUUUCAAUCAACACUUUAGACAAGAGUGUUGCAGAUGAAUUCGCAGAGGCCAGCAAAGUAAUUGUGGCAUCUCCGAAGAAGGACACUAAGGAAGCCAAAGUUUCCAAGAGUCCUGCAGAGAAAGCAGCAGCAAGUGCUGCAAAGGAAGAGACCAAGAAUGAGAGUGUUCAGAAUGGAUCAGCUUCAGAGAAGAAGGUGGAAAAUGGGAAAGAGAAUGGGAGUGAGAAGAAGGAAGAAGUGAAGGAAGGCAAAGAAGUAAAAGAUUUAAAGGAAGUUACUAACGGUGAGGGAGGAAAAGUGAGGGAGAGUCCGAGGCAGAAGGCCAAGGAAGCAGAGAAAAAAGCAGCUCAAGUGGCUAAAAAUGACGAAGAGAAACAACCAGCUAAAAAUGAAGAAAAGUCUGAAGUUGUGGAGAAAAAGUCUGAUGCAAAGCCUGAACUCAAUGCUUCAGCGGCUUCUCUGGCCAAGGAGAAGGAGCUCAAGGGAUUCAAGGAUAACGGAGAAGAGACAGUAGGUUCGAUUGUGCUGCAGCCAGAAGAAGUGUCAGGGACACUCUUUGACUCUCCACGUCCCAAUAAGACUCCCGGAAAGGGACUGAAGGGUACUACUCCGAAUAGGGCCCGUGUCAGUCCCUUCCGGAAGUCCGAGAGACUGCAGAAUGUGAGCACAGCCGUGAAUUUGAGCACAGUUAGUGAACAGAGUGGCGAAGUGGCUCAGUCCCCAGCUGUGGAUCAAUCCUUCGGCUCAUUGCGUCACAUCACGGGCAGGCGCAGCAUGACCAAUCGUCCAUUGCGCGAAUACACCUUCCAGAGUAUCCACCGGGAGUCGUACCGCAAACUAGACGAUGACUCCAUUUCCAGUGUCAAUGCUACUGUUGGAUCUGAGAUCCACUGCGACAGCUUCCGUACGCCCAUCGUGGCUUCGGUCAAGGGGCGCAAGAGGGAGCUGACGCCGCAAGACAGUGACGAUGACAUUCUCAUUGUGGACAAGACGCCAGCUGCAUCGAAGCGAGCGAGACUGGAUUUCAGUGCUCUUCUCGGAUUCAUGGCCAGUCCAGUUACACUGCUGCGCAAUAAAUUUCAGAGAGCAAACAUCCAGAGUAGCACGCCCAAUCAGUCUUUUGUUGUGGAGGAGCUGGAUAACAAUGGUACAGAGAAGGAGAUUGAUAUGGAGUGUUCCAAAGACGAGAAGAGUGUUGAGUUUGGUCAGGAGCUCAAGGAAGACCUCAAAGUGGGGCCAGAAGGAACCGGAGAGAACUUGGAGCUGCUCAAAGAUAAAGUUGAAGAUAUCGAGAUGAAGACUCCAGCACAAGGUCGUCGAGUGUGCAUUGUCAUGUAAGUCCCCCCCCUCCCGCCUUUUGAAAUAUUAUCCACCUCCGUGUAUUUCUAUUAUUUUUUUUAUGAUUAAGGACAAUUCAAUUUUUUUUUUUAAAAACUCGUUUCCACAAUUUAAAAAAAAACGAUUAGUUAAUGAAUAGGUGUUUAAUUUACAAUAAUUGUUUAGGCGAUAUUUAGAAGUUUUUGUUUUUUUUUUUUGUAAGAUCGCGAUCAAGAUCACAGAACUCUUUUUUUUCUCUUUGAAUAUAUAAAAAAUAUCAAUAAAGACAUUUUUUUCAUCAAA